GGCCCCGCACAGAGCAGCGCUAUGGCGGUGGAGCUCACUCAGGACGCCGUGCUCUACUUCCUCCAGAGCCGCGGAGGCUCCGUGACCAACGCGGAGCUGCUGCUCCACUUUCGGCCCUUCCUCCGAGAGCACGCGGAUCGGGACCGGAACCGCGAAAUAUUCAAGAGGUUUGUGAACUCAGUGGCGCGGGUCAAACAGGAGGACGGCGUCAGCUACGUGGUGCUCCAACGAAAGUUCCGCGGCCACGGCCAAGUCGUUGGCCCCGGUGUGAGCGGGCCGAGCAAAGAGGCGCCUCUGACCGCCUCUACUCCGAGUAAUGUGCACCUCAGUUCGCUCUGGAAUGUAGACAAACCCCGCAACAAGUGCCCGGAGCCCGGACCCGCCCAAGGGCCCCUGAUCCUGCCGGCUGCAGGGAUUAUCCUCAACAACAACAAUAACAACAGUGUGGAGCCCAACCUGAACCUGCCCCAGCGCAGAGUCUCACCGAGCCCUGCGCCCGGACCCUCUCCCGGACCCUCUCCGGACCCUCCCCCGGACCCUCUCCCGGACCCUCCCCCGGACUCUCUCCCGGACCCUCUCCCGGACCCUCUCCUGCACACACGGCCCUCACGAUCCUCCACAGACGCUCUGAGGCUCCCAGCCAUGCCCAGCCUGUGCCCGCCCCGCCGCAAGGACACACGGGGCUCCCUGAAGGUCCUGCCCGAAUAGAAAAGAGUUGCUCCCGUGACACUCGUAGAACCCAGAGAAAGUGUUCCCGCCCCGGUGUGCUCCGCUCGGCCUGUCCUUCAGCCGCACACUGCUCCCCGCCUCUCCGUGAGCCCGGGCCCAGCUCCGAGCGUGCCCCGACAGGCAGCAGCCUCCGUCAGACCAGUCGAGCGGGAUGUGGGCAUGGGUGAAGAGCCUCUCCCGCAGGGACAGGUGCGCUCUCUCCAGAGCAAUGCGCCACGGAGAGCGCGCCACAGGCAGAGCUACCGGAGCGCCGUGUCCGUGGACGAGGACGAGGAGGAUGAAGAAGAGGAGUUUGUCCCGGACAGGAGAGCCUCUGCUCCGUUUGAAUCCGUUGCGGUGCGGGGCAGGGCCGCAGGGGGGAUGCCAGGGCGGGUCAUGUCUCAGUCCACGCCGGUCCUGGACGCUGUCCCGGUCCAGCUCCUCGGUCCAGACACGAGCGCGAGAGGCCUGGAGGAGCGUCACGUGAUCGGCCUGCGCGUGCCACCUCCCGUUUUGCCUCAGACGGUGUCCCCUGUGAGGACCGUCCCCCAGAUCCGAGUUCAGGACUUAGACCCAGGUCCCAGGGGACGAUCCAACCUAGAGCCCACCUUCACGCCACCGUCUGCGCUCACUACGAGCAACCUCUAUGACUCUAGCAGCAGUGUGGAGCAGAGCCCCAGAGGCUCAGCCUGGAGCAGCUGUGAGGAACUGUCAUACAGAGGAGCAGCAGCUGGAGCAGCAGCAGGAGCAGCAGCAGGAGCAGCAGCAGGAGCAGCAGCAGGAGCAGCAGCAGGAGCAGCAGCAGGAGCACAUGGGGCAGGUGGAGGCAGCUGGCAGCAGUCUGCAGACAGAGGGAGGGCCUGGCAUGGUUCCACAGGUGACCUCUAUGAUGACAAGGAAGGGCGUGGUAAUGACUCCACCCCCUCCCCAGCUCAGCUCCGGCCCUGGGUUGCCUAUCGACUCAGCGGAAACCUGAGGAGCCGCAUGUCCAUGAGUGUAGGAGCAGACCUGGACCAGAUGAUGGACGAGGAGGACCGCAGAGCUCUGGGGGGCAGUGAGGCGGCGCGUCUCCACCGGCUGCACCUCAUCUCGUCCUCCCUGAACCUGAGACAAAUGUCCUCGUCCUCCCUGUCCUCCCUGUCCUCCUGCUGCACGCCGCCCCGCUCCCACAGCCUGGCUGACCUCACCGACAGAGAGCCCCAGAGAGAGAAGAGGCGUCUGAGCUGCACGCCGCAUCACGAGGGCCACAGCAGACAGAGCCAGGUGCCUCUGGAGCAGCGUGAGCACCUGUGGCUGGUGAAGGCGGCCGAGGGGAUGUGGCCCGACAUCUACUCCCUGUUCAGAGAGGAGCCCUCCCUGCUCCACCGGAGGGACUUCAUCUCUGGCUUCACUGUCCUGCACUGGAUCGCCAAACACGGAGACCACCGUGUCCUCAACACACUCUGGUACGGUGUGGAGAAGGCGGGGCUGAUGUUUGACACAGAUGCCCAGUCGUCUUGUGGGUACACUCCUCUGCACAUCGCUGCCAUCCACAACCACAAAAACAUCAUGCGGCUGCUCGUCAACAAGUUUGGAGCCAGCGUGAGCGUGCGGGACGCGUCGGGGAAAAAGGCCUGGUCCUACCUGCCCCCGGGCAGCCCCCCGGACCUCUUCCAACUGCUGGGUGCCCCUGCCAAAGCUGCCCUGGCACAGACGGAGGUUGUUGAAACGUGGGCCGCCCCUCAGACCCGCCCACAGUCACAGAAGCGCCGCAGACGGCACCACCUCUCGUCGGCCUCCGGGCAGCGCCCUCUGCCUGGAGAAGCCAAAGUCAAGAGGACCAGCUCUCUGGCAGCUUUCCUCAAACACAAGUCCCUGCAGAAGGUCAAGGGCGAGUGGGCCAUCUGAGGAGGCUUCUGCUGUGGACUUCAGGUCUCUACUGCUGCACACUCAGGGCCGCACCUGCCCUAUAACCCACUCUCUGGGCCAGCGCUGGGAAAUAAGUGAACACAUGUACUGAGAAUAUGUAUCCAGAAUACUUCUUCUGAGUAACUGUAUUCCAGGACACUUUUUGGUUUGGCGAUAUUCAGAAUACAGUUACUUUUCUAAAAUCAAAGGAGUACAUUGUUGUACUUGAUUACACAGUUUAAGCUGUUAAAUCCUAUGUUGUGUUUUUACACUGUAAUUGAAAUGCAACUGGAUGUAAAAGUAUUUUAUGUAUUCAGAAUUCAGUACUCUUGAUAAGGCUGUGUAUCUGAAUACGCUACAAGACAUUUUACUGCAGGUUUUCAGUAUUCUGUAUCUAAAUAUUUUUUCAAAGUAUUGUUUGCGUCAGUGCUCAAGGCCCAGCACACAGACUGCUAUCACCUCCUCUGGACUCAUCUGUAGCUCCGCCCACACUGACCUGUGUGUGUCCAGGGACUGAGGUCAGAGGUCAGAUGAUUGAGCUGUGACCUGUGCUGUGUCCAGUCUGAGCCGUGCACGACACACCACACAACAGGUCUGUAAGAGGAACCCAGAGCUCUGGGACUGUCCCACACCAAAGCACACUUUCUAUGAUUGUUUUUGUGUUAAAAGUAUUACAGUGAGCACACACUGAAGGCACUGGACACACUGAACUGAAAUGGAUGCACUUUAAAUGAUGCAUGUGGCUGGUGAACGUGUGGAGACACUGUGGUGAAUGGGUGAGUCUGUAGAUAUUAGAUGUAUAAAGGUUUCAGUCUCUUCGGCUCGUGUGAUUUUUACAUGAUUCUACAAGAACCUGAGCUUUAAGGGUCUGUCCUGUUUACACCAGUCAAAUAUUUGGACACUUUUCUUUUGUUGACUUUUAUUUCCAUGAUUAUUUACACUGUAGAUUCUCACUGAAGGCAUCAAAACUAUGAAUGGACACAUAUGGGACGUAGUGAUCACAAACUCCCGAAGUUUAUAUUUUAAAUUCUUCAAAAAUAGCCUUUACCUUCAUACACCCGACAAGGCACACACGUGCAGUGAAAACCAUUUCAGGGGACUUAAUCAUGAAGCUCAACCUUCAAGGUCAACUUUUUUUUUGCUACUUGCUUCAUUUUUUACAUCUUCAUUUUGAAUCUAACAUAAAAGCAGUAAACAUAAAGGAAAACCAGUGAAUGAAGAUGUGUCCACACUUUUAACUGCUAGUGCAUCUUGUACAAUUGUUUAAACAACUCUGCCAGAGGUUUUAGUGAUUUUCUGAAGAGUCAUGAGUAACACACGUUCCCCUGCGAGGGCAAACUAAUCACCUGUGAGGGAAGUCGUCAUAGUGAUGGAAUGUCCUCCACAGCACAGAGCACUGUUGUUUGAAUACAAGGGAAGCUCAGCUGUUGAAAUGUUUGCCGUUUUCAUAAAUGUCAACAUGGAACUGUUUUCAAAGUCUGUGAAAGCAUCUCCUGUAAAGAUAUUUUUCACAACUGUUAAUGUCAACACCAAUGAUAUGAAAAUAAACAACAAAUGUAUGGCA